AUCGCAAGCGACAGCGUUUUUGAGUGCAUUGUGUCGUUGUUUUGAAGGUUUUAAGAGAGUAAUUUCUUGUUUUUGUGCUGUUACACUGUCAUGAAGACUGAAGAAACUUGAAGGGCAAUUUUCCGAGGAUUCAAAAAAGGCGCAACGUACGUGGUGUCGCUAUCGCCGACGGAUCAACAGUCGCCUUUUCCUCAACAGCUGAUGCGAUUGACUGGCAGCACUGACGGCGUUAAGAAAAAUUAAGGUCCGUCUCUCUUCACUCGUCCUUCUCUUUGCCUCUCCCGGCGCCCCGCGACUGCGGGGAACGCUAGCGAGUCCUUCACGCUGUUCUCCGACUGCAUGGAUGAAUGCCUCACCACACCAUCUGUCCCAAAACGAGGCAAAUUCUGUACCCAGAGAAAUAAUCGGGACAUUUCAGUCUCCAAAUGGUCAAAUAGUGAGGCCAGUCUUGUCAAGAGGGCCUGUUGCAGUAUCCUCUCCUGUUACUAGUUCAACUGCAGCAAAUGGGAGGGUUCUCCCAGUGGUCUAUUUAAAAAUGCAGCAAAGAGAGCAAGUUGUACCAGUUGUCAGUAGAUCUGGCAAUUUAAUAUCAACAAUUGGUCCCAAAAUUUCUACUGCUCCAAGUGGAAACAUAACAACAUCAUUAUCAGGAAAUCAAUCAAGUUUUGUGAUUCAAGGACCAAUUCGAGCUGUUUCUCAACCAUCAGGAAAUCAGCCUACUCAACCACACAUAAUUACACUCCCCAAAGUGCCUAACACGUCAUUGGCACUGUCCAAUCAGCAAUUGAUUGCUCUUCAAAGUCUUGGUCCAGCUAACCAAGGUGGCCCUGUCCAACAGCAGCAAUAUGUUACGAUUCAAGCACCAAUUGUGUCAAAAACCCAGCAGAACACUGGUGCACUGAAUACGUCUCAGGGUCAACCUCAGUACGUGACGAUACGUACUCCUGUGCUCAACCCUUCUGCAGGCGCAACAAGCUCUGCUGCCCAAAGCCAGUAUGUGACUAUUCAAGCUCCCGUUAUGCAAGGGAGUGGUCAAAACACGCAAACUCAGACAUUUAUACCAGUAUCCUCAGUUGGACAGUCUCCUGUUGGGUCUGUGAAGUCCCCUAUAACCUACCAAGUUGUUAAAUCAAGUGGUAAAACAGGAGAACAGCUUGUUUAUCCAGUUUCUGUUGCAAACAUCAUGCCAUCUCAACCGAAGAUGGUUUUCACUCCUGUGACAAUGAUGCCAAAGGUUUCUGUCGUAUCUGCUGGCAGUACCUCAAGCUCUGAAAUUAUAAGCAACUCAAGCAACAUUAGUGGUUUGAAGUUGAGCACUAGUAGUGGGCAGUUCUCAACAAAGCUGUUAAACACCUCUGCUGUGAACCUUUUGCAAGGAAAAUCACUGCAAACUCUUUCUCUCCGAAAGGAAGGAAUAAUUUUGAAUAAUGCUGAGGUUUCGCCAAGUCAGUCAAAAGUUCUUUCCUUGCCUAUGGGGAUGUCUGUAUCAAAUACAUCUUCUACAGUUUCCCCAACUCAAGGUUUUAUUAACUUGACCAUAGCCAAUGGCCACAUACAACAGAGUAACAAGCCCUUUACAGCUGCUAAAGUUUUGCAAGAAAGCCCAAGAACAUUUGGGGACAAAAAGCAAACUGAAUUGAAUUCAGAAAAUUCUUGGAAUGCUGACACCUCAGAAUCCUCAUUGGUCAUAAAAAAUCAAGGAGGAAAAGACAGUGUCUCUCAGAAAAAUCCUAUCUCUGAAAAUGAAGUUAUUGACAUCAAAAGCAUCCUUCUGUCUGGAGGUUCUUUUAAAACCAACGAGGCUGGUGCUCUCCAACCCAAUACUGCAGAGGCCACUAAUGUGGCCAGCACUGAAACUGAAGGAACCGGGCCUUCAGAUAAUAAACAAGAUGGAGGUGAAGAGGCUCAAACACCAUCAUCCCCCAUCAAUCUUUUCUGUGAGGGAGAAGAGCUUGCUCACUCUCCACCUAAUGAACCACCUCAGCCUAAGUAUACUAUAACAAUGUCUGACAAUCCAGAUGAUGACAUUAAAAUUCAGUUGGUGGACACUGAAGGGCCUAAUAAAAGUAAAGAGCCAACUACUCCUCAACCAGAUGACAGACCAUCUGUCAAUCCUCUCACUGGAAAACCAUUCCUUAAGAAGAGUUCUCCUAAACUUCUCUCAAAAGCAAGUUCAACUUUAAAAGGGCAGUCACUCUUGCGGAAUCCAGCUGCUACUCAAAGCACAGUGUCACCAAAGGCAUCGAAACCAACCAACAAGGUUGGAGUGAAAUCAAUUUUAAAACCACAGUCAGGCAAGAAAACAGAGAUAAAGCAAGAACCCUCAGAAGGUGAUGACAAUUCUCAAACUGAUGUGAAGGACUGUCCUGAUGGUUCAAACUCCCCCUUAACAUCCUCUUCAUAUGAGGACUUUGAUGCUAUGGCUGCCUUGGAAUGGAAAAAUGGAGUUGGUCUUCUGCCUGGCAGUUCCUUAAAGUUUCGGAUGAAUGAGUUUGGAAUUAUGGAAAUGGUUAGUGAUGAUGAUGCAGUGAAGAAAGGAACUGAUAAAGACACAAAUUCUGACAGUGAGGGUUUAAUGAUUGAUGAAGGAAGCAACAGUAGUGUUGAAGCGAAGCCAUGUGUAGAAAACACUGAGAAGAAAAAAGAGUCCAAAUCUGAUGAUGUUUAUUGCUGCGAGACAUGCAACGUCUAUGGUUUGGCAUCGGAAUUCCUCAAUGAGCGGUUUUGUACACAAGCAUGUUCUGCUGCUUUUACUGUGAAAAAAGCCUGGCAAUAUAGACGAGAACAAGACUUGCGGGCCUUGCGGCUUAGGAGAAAGAAACGGCGUCUAGAGCAGCAAAGAUUGGCCCGUGAAAAGGCAGAACAAGAAAGUCAAGAAAAUGAGGAUGUAAAGUCGGCUCCUCAACUUGUGUCUAAACUUGCCAAAAAAUUCAAAUCUGUGACUGCUGAAAGUAUGUCUGAUGGUGAAGACAGUGUGGAUGAUCCAUCAUACCUGGAAUCUCCAAUGCCAUUGUCUUCCUCACCAAGUUUCAAUGCCUCUGAUAAAAUUGGCAGCUCUGAUGUUGCUCAUGAUGAAAAUGGAAAGAAACUUUCCAAGAAUAAACAGGCAGCCAAUUUUACUUGGUUUAAAUAUCUCGAUAUGGUUAAAGCCAAGGCAGCCCCUUCAAAACUUUUCAAAGACCCCUUUCCUUUUGGUAAAAAUGGUUUCAAAGUUGGAAUGAAGCUGGAGGGUAUAGAUCCUGAUCAUCCAUCAUUGUUCUGUGUUCUUACUGUUGCUGAAGUGAAAGGUCAUCGUCUCCGGUUACAUUUUGAUGGAUAUGCUGAAAAUUAUGACUUUUGGGUGAAUUCCGAUUCACCUGAGAUAUUCCAACCCGGUUGGUGUGAAAAGAACAUGCGCAAACUCACACCUCCCAGAGGUUACAAUAAUUUCAAUUGGAAUUCGUACCUCAAAGUCUGCAAAGCAACUGCUGCACCUAGACUAUUGUUCCACAACAAAGGCUCUGCUAAUGUUGUUUGCCCCAAUGGGUUUAGAAUAGGAAUGAAAUUAGAAGCAGUUGAUCGGAAGAACUCAUCAUUGGUGUGUGUUGCAUCAAUUGCCGAUCUUGUUGAUGGUCGCUGCCUCAUUCACUUUGAUUCGUGGGAUGAAAUGUAUGAUUAUUGGGCUGAUCCAUCUUCACCCUACAUUCAUCCUAUUGGUUGGUGUGAUGAGCAUGGAGUUACUUUAACUCCUCCAAAUCAGUACAAAGAUCCAAGCUCCUUUUAUUGGGACAGGUAUCUUAAGGAAACCAAAACAUCCCCUGCACCACCGAGGGCCUUCAAACAACGACAGCCCAGUGGUUUUCGCCGUGGAAUGCGUCUUGAAGCUGUUGACAAACGUGUCCCUCACCUUAUUCGAGUUGCCACUGUUGAUGAUGUUCAAGACCACCAAAUUCGAAUCCGAUUUGAUGGCUGGCCAGAUGAAUAUAGUUACUGGGUCGAUGAUGAUAGCCCUGAUAUUCAUCCUGCUGGAUGGUGUCUUGAAACCAAACAUCCUCUUGAACCGCCUCCAAGUGAAGAAGACAUGAAAGUUCUUGCCAGAUGUGGUGUUCCUGGAUGCAAGGGAGAGGGGCACGUUAAGGGUUCUAAGUAUACUAGCCAUAUAACAGCUCAGAACUGUCCAUACUCUCAAGAGAAUCUGUUGAAAGAUGGACACUUACCUGAUAGGUUGACAAGCGGCAAUGAUAGUGUGUCUUUGGAAGAAUCACCUACAUCGUCACAUUCAGACAAGAUUGAUCAGAAACCCCCGCCAAAGUGGAAGCGGCUUUUGCAAGAUGCUGAUGAGCUUGACAUUAAAAGGGCAAGAUUGUCAGAUGAUGAUGAUGACGUUUUUCGGAAGAAACCAUCCCUUAUUGCAAGCAUGCAACAAAAAUUGCAAUCUGAACUGGAACGUUCAGUUAUUGACCCUGGUUAUCAAAUAGAAACUGGCCCAGGGCGGCCAGCUCUUUGGGCCAAACAUUCUUAUCCAUUGCAUUCAUCGCCAAUGGUGAGGGACGCAGUAAACCCUCAGGCAUGGACUAUUGAGGAUGUCCUAGAAUUUUUGUCAUCAGUACCUUGCCUUGAAGAAUAUGGCAAAACUUUUAAAGAGCAGGAUAUUGAUGGUGAAGCGUUACUAAUGCUUACCCAAAAUGAACUUGUAAGCAAUAUGAAAUUAAAGUUAGGCCAUGCAAUAAGAUUGUACAAUUGCAUAGUUAUCUUAAGGCAGAAGUGUUUCUGAAAUAUUCACCUUUAUGUUUUGUUAAAUUGAUGCCAGUUUUUGGUGCCAAAUAGUUAUUGUUACCAUGUGACCAGUAUUUGUACAUUUGUUGUAAAUUUUUCCUGUAAAAUCAUUGUAAAUAAUGUUAUUCUGUAGUCUCCUACCUGACAAUUUUCUUUAUAAUUUUUCUUCACACAUAGUGCUAAGAACAUGAUUUAAUGUAUAAUUUGGAUUACUAUUUAUAAACAUAUAUAUAUUUAUGUUCCUUAGAAGGAAUUUUUGAAAUAGUCAUAAGCUCUUUAUGAUAUGAUUGAUAAGGAUGAUAUAAAUUUCUGCUCAAAUGAUCUAGAACUGUUGAUACAUUUAAGUACUGAACCUGGAAUAAAAAAUCAUUAAGUUGCUUGUAAUAACUA